UCGUUUUGCUUUCCCCACAUCAUCCACUGCCCUCGCAUUUAUUCCCUUCUAUUACACCGUUUCGAAACAUAUUUGGAUUUUCUUGAUAUCUUCUCUCUCUCUCUCUCUCUCUCUCUCUCUCUUCUGGAUUUUAUGGAGAAUCAGUUUGUAAAGAAGCGGGUCCGAGAUGCCUCGGAGGACUCGGAGCAUGACUCGCCCGAGGUUAAAAGACUUAGAGAUGACCUCCUCGGCUUUCUUGAUGACUCCGAUGCUGAUCAAACGACUCAGGACCUCGACUCGGUCAUGAAAAGCUUGGAGGAAGAGAUAUCCGCCACGACUUCUUGUUCGGCUUCUCCGGCAUCGGCUCCGGUUCCAGUUGUGGAUCUGACGUCGGAUACCGGUGAGUCUCAGCCGGAACUUGGGUAUCUUCUGGAAGCUUCAGAUGAUGAACUCGGUUUGCCGCCUUCCAUUAACUCGAGCGACGAGGAAUGUAAAAAGGAUGAGACUGAGUUGGUAGGGGUUUCGACUGACUCGUCGGUAAUCGGCGAGUUGUGGGGUUUUGAUGAUCAUAUUCCGAGUUAUGACUCGUUUGGGUUAGGAGUCGGAGAUAACUAUAACAGCAAUAAUGAUUACGUGGCUUUUGAUGGUCUAUUCGGGUACUCCGAUGUGUAUUUUGAUUCGUCCGAUUUCGCCGAGAUUUCGUGGCGGUCUGAAACUCUUCCGGCGCUGUAGCAGCGCGGGAAAAGGAAAAAAAAAAAAGGAACGAACUGAUUUUUGAUCGGAGGAAAUUAUUAUACGACGCCGAUUUGUAAAUCCAUUUGUUAUUUUAUUUUUAUUUUUAUUUUUUGGUUUUUAUUAAAGAAAUCAGGAAAGGAAGAAAAUAUAUGUAGGAAUUAGACUGAUAUGAAAGAUGCGUUUAACUCGUGAGAAAA